AUGACUGGUGGUCUACGACGUGGCCGACACCCUAUUUCUCCAAGCUUCUGGCCGGUAUGCUACGGUUACCGUGACCGUGACGAUUUGCAAGUGGACCAGAAGCAGCAUCGGCUGAAAAUCCGGGGCGUGACCUGCUCCCAGAGCCUCUCGGUGACGGAGCAGUGUCACUUGCCUGUUGGGUAG